AUGGCGAUUUUAGCGAAACAAUCAGCAACAAAUUUGGAUGUGCGUAUCUUAUGGAUUGCCACGAUAGUGGCAGCGCUCUCCAUUUAUCAUGCGCAAGCAUCCAAUGAGAGAAGCAAAAGAGCGAUAAUAGGAAAAUCAAAUUUUGGAGGCUACAACUAUGAACCACCGGAUAACAAGUUAACUUUACCGCCACGGCCACCACCGACGGGAUAUCCAACACCACCUACAUAUUCGCAAGGAACACCACCAACAUACAGUCCCAGACCGCCCGGAACACCAACCUAUACUCCUGCACCGCCAGGAACACCAACCUAUACUCCCAGACCGCCUGGGACGCCAUCAACAUACAUAACCACUUCUAGGACAUCAGUUACUGGAUACACUUAUCCAAUACCAAAAGAGCCAUUCCCAACACCAUCUACACAUAGACCACCUAGACCACCAGGACCACCAGUGACACCUGGACCUUAUAUACCACCACAACCACCCGGACCGCCAAGACCACCACCUCAGCCACCACAUCCACGACCAACGCAACCUAAUACUUACCUGCCACCCGACCGUACCACCAGACCUACUUACCCUACAACAAGGCCUUCAUAUGGAACUACAAGACCUACUUUCCCCACGUCUAGACCCACAACAUCAUAUCAUACAACUACAAAGACAACAUAUGUAACUACUGGCAGGCCAACGCCAUCGUAUGGUACUACUCCAAGGCCAUCUUAUGGUACUACUCCAUCUUAUGGUACCACUCCAAGGCCAUCUUAUGGCACUACUCCAUCUUAUGGCACCACACCAAGGCCAUCUUACGGCACGACUCCGUCUUACGGAACUACACCAAGGCCAUCUUAUGGCACGACUCCAUCUUACGGUACCACACCAAGGCCAUCCUAUGGCACUACUCCGUCUUAUGGUACCACACCAAGGCCAUCCUAUGGCACUACUCCGUCUUAUGGUACCACUCCGAGGCCAUCCUAUGGCACCACUUCGUCAUACUUUACCCGCCCUCACGUUCCUACAGAACCAGCUAGUUACCUGCCACCACACAGCGAGAAACCGAGCACUCGCCCAGAACCUUACCUUCCACCUUCGACUCCGUCCACUCCGCGAGUCACCGUGACACCGCCACCACCACCCACGCCUAUUUAUACCCUCACGUACACAACAACCGAGUACACCCCCCCGCCGACCGGCCGACCAGGGCCAAUACCGACUCUUCCGCCUACCACGAAGAGACCGAUCGGUUAUUUCUACCCAGUACCGGAAAAUCCACUCGAACUGCCGCCAUUCGUCCGAUGA